UGUCGUCAGUGGAGUUAUUCAUCCGUUUGGAGUUAUUCCAAAAUUUCUCCAAGUCUCUAUCAGAAAUGGGGAAACAUUAUAAUACCAGAGUCACGUUAGUGAUGUCAUUCUCGUCAAAACACAACGUUAUAUCGUGAGUGCGCCGGCGCAUCGCUUCAUAACAUUUUCUGAUAAGGAAAACACAGAGAGAAAGAAGGCACCAGAAGAAAAAUUCUCAAUAGUAUUUUGUGGUUAAUGGUGGAAUAAACAGAAAAGUGGUAGAAAAUGUAUCGAAGUCAGGAAGUGCAUUCUGUUGAACCUAGUGCUGUGGACUCUGUUGAGGAUACUUAUGAAUUCCGAGGUGCCACGCUGACUAUCAGCAAUAACGAUGACUCACGGGGAGCCACAGCAAAUCCAGCAGCUUCCCAACCUGCAGUUUUGACUGGAACCGAUACGACUUCACCCACAAAUCCACCUCAACAUCUUCAUGGAUCAACAGCCCGUGAAGCCCCACGAGCCGUGGUCACAGCCGAAUCAGUUCGGCCCAAAAUAGGAUCUCCCAGGCACUUCUUCUGCUUCAGGAAGGGUCUCUUUGAGCAGGCUAUUAAGGAUAUCACAGAGAUUCUGCUCAAACCAACUUACGACAGUGACAUUUUAGGCAGUUGCCUCCUAACAGAAAUUAGUCAUUGGGAUCAUGAACGAGAGAGAAUUGUGAUAUUAACAACGAAAGCUCUCUAUGUUAUCAAGUACGACUUUAUCGCUCUGAGGAUCUUGAAAAAGGAAAAAAUCCUACUCAACAAAAUUGACACCAUUAUCCAUGGGAAACUUACCUAUCCAACAGCAUCAUUUGUACCACGAUUGGAGGGAAUCUCCAAUGGAUUUUCGGCCUUUUUGCGCGGUGAUUUACUAGCAAAAUCUUCUAGAGAAUCAAAUGUUCCCUGUAGUGGAAUUGAUUUCAGGAAAAAAAUCGAUUUGUCACAUUUUCAAGCCAUUGAAAGAAAUGAAAUGGGAAUACGUGUGAUGUGGAACAAGGGUCAGCCCUUACCAGCAGCAACAUCUUGGAAUCCCUUCGCCCAAGACAUUCCCUGGAAGACCUUUACAAAUCAUCCAAUUCACGGAUAUCAUGAUCAAUACAAUUCUCUACCUAGUAUUCGGGAUGAAAUUGAAGCGACUCGAUUAACUUAUUCAGUUGAGCAUCUUCAUCAAAAUCUUCUGCAACUGAUUAACAAUCCGCAGCCCAACAUCGAAUCGGCCAAUGUUAAUUACAACUGUAAGCUCGAGGAAGCUCCAAUACUCCUAGAAAAUUACUUAGGACUAGGAGCGGUGUUCCACAACAAAAACAAUCUAGGAUUCUUCAAAGUUCGAGGAAAAUUCAGCUUCUAAACCUUAAAAAAAAAAUUGAGCUUUAUCUUUUUCCCUCUUCCAUGAUGUAUUUUUAAAGUUUAAAAUAUAUAUUUACUGUUGUAUUCUACAUUGUAUUAGACAUACU